AUGUCAUAUACGGGGUCAGACAAAGAUCAAGAAGAGAAGGUCUUCGAUGUCAAGGACUUGGAGCAAUCAGUAUACCAUGAUAGCUCAUCACAAGACUAUCAUGGUCAUACAGAGGACUUGAAUCGAAGUUUGAGUCCUAGAGUUAUCAAUAUGAUCACAAUUGCCGGAGUCAUUGGAACCGGUCUUUAUCUUGGUACAGGUAAAAUGUUGGCCACAGGUGGGCCAUUGAGUUUAUUAUUGAAUUACAUGAUUAUUGGAAUAGUGGUCUUUUUCAUGAUGCUUUCGCUUGGAGAAAUGUCCGCGCAGUUUCCAGUUAGUGGUAGUUUUACUACAUAUGCGAAACGGUUUGGGAGUGAUUCCUUAGGUUUUGCCAUGCUAAUCAAUUACUGGUUCAACGACUGUUGCAGUGUCGCUGCUGACUUGACAGCUUUGCAACUUGUAGUGCAAUACUGGACCGACUUUCACUGGUAUGUCAUAUCAAUCAUCUUUUGGGUGUUUUUACUUUUCUUGAAUGUUAUCCAUGUUAGAGUUUACGCUGAGGCAGAGUACUGGCUUGCGCUUUUGAAAGUUGUUACCAUUAUUAUAUUUUUCAUCAUCAGUAUCUGUGUUAAUGCAGGAAAGAACCAACAACACGAAUAUAUUGGAUUCAAGUACUGGAGUUAUGGAGAUGCACCCUUUGUCAAUGGGUUUAGAGGUUUCUGUUCCUUAUUUGUUUCUGCUGCUUAUGCAUUUGGAGGAUUGGAAUCAGUCUCCAUCACUGCGGGUGAAACGAAAAACCCCAACAAGACUAUACCAAAAACAGUCAAAGCCACAUUUAUCAGAAUCAUCAUUUUUUACGUGUUUACUGCAUUUUUCAUUGGUAUGAAUAUUCCAUACGAUUACCCAAACUUGUCUACCAAAACAGUUGCCGUCUCACCAUUCACACUCGUUUUCCAGCAAGUUGGUAGCAAAGCAGGUGGUUCUUACAUGAAUGUUGUUGUGCUAUUAUCUGUCAUUUCUGCUGGUAACCAUGCAUUAUUUGCCGGAUCAAGGUUGGCAUACAAUUUGAGCACACAAGGUUACAUCCCAAAGAUCUUUUUACCAUUGAACCGUUUUAGAGUUCCAUACGUGGCUGUGAUUGUUACUUGGUUUAUUGGUGGAUUGUGUUUUGCUUCUGCAUUUGUUGGUACUGGUGAAUUAUGGAACUGGUUGCAAUCAAUCGUUGGUCUCUCCAACUUGAUUUCGUGGUGGAUUAUCGGCGUUGUUUCACUUCGGUUUAGGAGAGGUUAUGAAAAACAAGGUAGAACUCAUGAACUCAUAUUCAAAAACUGGUCGUAUCCCUUUGGUCCUUGGUUUGUCGUUAUUGUUGGAGCAUUCAUCAUUCUUGUUCAAGGCUGGUCAACAUUCAGCCCUUUCUCUGUAUCGGAUUUUUUCCAAUCAUAUUUAGAAUUGGGAGUAUUCCCGAUAUGUUUUAUUUUUUGGUGGUUGGUGAUAAGAAGGGGAAAGGACAAGUUUGUGCGCGCGGCUGAUAUGGACUUGGACACCGAUAGGUACGUUGAAACUUCCGAGGAAUUGGCUGAAGAUCAGUAUGCUGAGAAUCUCAAGGGAUUUGCUAAAUUUAAACACUCCUUUUAUUUAAUUAUCACUACAGUAUUUGAGUUUGGCCCUUUCAGAUUUGCAACCAAUUGGUUUCAUUGUAGCAAGGGUUUGGUUUAG